GCAUCGCAGGCGAAAAACGCCGAUUUUGUCGAAUUCUGACGAUUAGUGCGGGGAAGUAACCAAGUUCGAGGCGCUGUGAAGAAAUUUCUGGAUGCAUCUUGGUGAAGACGGUCUCUCGGACCGAUCUUGAGGACAUAGAAAUUAUGAAUCGGAAAGGUGAGAAAUCGCGACGUACCAAGAAAUCCCCUCCCCAUAGUGGCAAAGACGAUUCACCAGCACCGCUCGGUGGACGUACUAAGUCAAAGAGAAACAAACCCACCGACGUCAGUGGUGAAGAAAGUGAUGAAAAGUCAGACGAGAGAAAUUUAGUAAAUAAAAAAGGAAGGGCAUCCCAGAGAAUGUCUCCCAAGCCCAGUUCACAAAUAGAACGCUCUGUUGGAUCACCAGGGCAGAAUAAAAGGAAUUUGAAACAGAAAACUAUUACAAGAAAAAGAAAAGGCAAUCCAGAAGAUAGCGAUUCAGAUGUAGAAAGUUUACAGCACUCGAGCAGUAGCAAUAGUAGAGACGAAGGAGCAUUUGAGAAAACUCCUCUGUCAGUUGGCAGAAAAAUUUCAAAAGCAAGACUCUCAGUUGGUGAAAUAAGUGAAAGUGUGGUAACAAAACUGGCAGUGGAUUUCAAAGCGUAUAAAGCUCACAGAGUUCUUGCAAAACGAGAAGGGUCCUUCCAACCAGGAAUUAUUAAACAACACAAGAAAAACAAAGACCUUGGUGUCUUAUUUGAUGGUGAUCGAAAUUUAACAUAUUUUGCUGAUAUAUUGGAAAAACAGAGUAUUGACAUCAUCAGUGAUACUAUUCCAUCACCUGGUAGUGUUGCCGUGGGAACAAGAGUGUGUGCACGGAUCAGUCAGGAUGAGAAUAUGUUCUGUGAGGGCAUUGUAACAGAGAUAAGUUCACGUCCACUUUCGUAUCAUGUUGCCUUGGAUAAUGAUAAAAAUGAGGUAGGGUCUGGAGAGGAAGGCGAGUCAGUCUGGGUUCCACGAUCAAAUUUACGACUACUCAGGGCUCCAUGGGAAGCAGAGAAUGCUCCUCAAACACAACCAGUGCGUCAACUCAAGUAUGAGGUUGAAAUGAAAAAAGAAGAUAUAGAGAGUGAAGACUCAGGAGAUGAGAUGAGAAAGUUUAGUUUUGAAUCGAGUGAGAGUUCAACAGCACCUUCACCUCAUUUGCUACCUGGCUCACCGGUCAAACGUGGGCGUGGCAAAGACCGCAGACAACCUAUCAAGAAAUGUGAAACGAACAGUCGUAGCAGCACUGUGUCAUCAGAGAGAAGCAGUAGUACAGUUUCCCCAGCAACAACACCUCAACCAAAAUACAAGAAGGGAGAUGUUGUUUGUGCUCCCAAUGGAAUACGAAAAAAAUUCAACGGUAAACAGUGGAGGAGGCUGUGUUCAAAAGACGGUUGUACUAAAGAAUCCCAGAGAAGGGGUUAUUGCUCACGUCAUCUUUCAUUACGUGGUAAAAGUCUGCGGGAUCCCAGUGGGUUUCCUGGACGGAGAAAAGGACUACUAAAGGACCAGGAACUUGAAUGGGAGGAAUCGGGGACAUCACAGAGUGAUUCAAGCAUUAGAACAGAUUCACGGCCACUUAUUGAUGCUUCAAAGUUUGAUAUGGACGAGACAGAGGCUGCCAAUAUGUUGGUUUCACUCGGCAACUCCAGGUCUGGAACACCUUGUUUUUCACCUGUACCAACACCAGGUCCGAUGUCACCCAGAUCUCACUCACAGUCUUCAUCACCACAUUUCAAUUUCAGAGGACCCUCUGCUACAUUCAGUCCUAUAUCAAUUUACCCACAACCAACACAGCGAGGUGUUGUUAUAACACCCACACGUCGAUGGAGUACAAGUACGCCAAAAUCUGGUCGUUCAUCGACUGAGAUGAUUUCACCUAGCGGCAAUCGCAUUGUCUCAGGUACAACACCCACAUUUCAAGCGCAUUUGAACUUCACCUCCCCAAUCAGCCCUACCAAACUGAAAACCAAAAUGGAGAACUAUAAGAACAUGCCGAGAACAGAACUUAAUAAGAGUAGUGAUGGCAAUGACUCUGGCGUGGAUGUGACUGGUCAGACGCGAAGUCCGACACCGGCACUUACAGUGUCGCCAACAUAUUCUCGUCAACAACAAGUUAUCUCUCCCCCUAACAUAAUAUCACCAAGUAUGGUUGCUAGGCAACAUACAUGGCAGUCUUCACAAAUACAAACAGCGAUUAUUAGUAGCAUUCAUGAAACGCGGACUCAGGCGGGUUUUGUACCACCCCCUAUAGCACCGCUGCAAAGAAACUCACAAGAAUCGUCACCACCAGAGAGAAAUCGAAAUACAGUGAGAACUGAAAGACCUGCAGUCCCACCUGUUAGGCCAGCACCACAAUCUGUUGAGUCCACAGAGAGGAAAGAAACAACAGACUCACAAACACAGACCACUCAGGACAGUGAAGAUCAACCACCUCAGCACUCUGAGUUAGCUAAUCAGAGUGUUGGACAGCCACAGCAAUCUGAACAACAAAAUCAUAGCCAGGGGACCCUGUUACAACAAUCUGGACCAGCCCACCCAACUCCAUCUGCUUUGUUACCAGUUAUUGCUACAGGACAAAGUGAAGAUGAAGGAAAACCAGGAAAACCUGACUCAGCUUGGACUCAGCUGUCUGCUAAUGCAUUACAAGUAUUUCCAUGGCAUACCUUAGUACCAAUUCUGACACCUGGACAACCACCGACCAAUAAUCUACCAGUGUCUGUACAGCAACCAACUGUCAAUCACCAAACAUUACCCAAUCAGAGCCAAGAAAACAACAUGGACAGCAUGUCGGCAAAUAUGCCAUCACAGGUAUCAGACCACCAGUACAGAAGUAAUGAAAUUGACGUAGACUUGGAUAAAGACACAUUUACUGGCACAUUAUUGGCUCCUGCCACAUCACCAUGCGGUAAGAGACGUACUCAGUCACUGAGCGCUUUACCAAAGGAAGGUACAGACAAAGAACCAAGAAGUCCUAGAAAGGUGCGUGACAAAGACCAUAUUCGUCGGCCGAUGAAUGCGUUUAUGAUAUUCAGUAAACGUCAUAGGGCUUUGGUGCAUCAGCGCCACCCCAAUCAAGACAACCGAACAGUUAGUAAGAUUCUUGGGGAAUGGUGGUAUGCACUGGGACCUAAAGAAAAACAGAAAUAUCAUGAUUUAGCAUUUCAGGUAAAAGAAGCUCACUUUAAAGCUCACCCUGACUGGAAAUGGUGCAAUAAGGACAGAAAGAAAUCCACAAGUGGAACAUUAGGUGGCGGUCUUCGUAAACUUGAAAAAGAACGGAAAAUCUCGCUUGAUGAUGGCGUAUUGAUAUCACCAAUUAGUACUGUGGCUCCAAUACAGGAUAUCACUUCUUUAGAAAUAUUUACCACUGUUGGGGGGGAAAGUGUGGAAAAACUUGAUCGGGGUAAAAUAGUUGCUGCCAAAGAUGAUCAGUAUAUUCCUGAUGAAGAGAAACCUGCUCGGCUUGCUGCUCGAAAAAAGCGAUCACAGAGCAUGUCCCAAGUGCCGACCACGUCACACGAGCACCAGCAGAUGGAGAAACGUCAGGAAGAGCUGCGCCAACAGUUUAUACAACAACGACUGCAGCAAAAACAGAAAGAUGAACAGCAGCGAGAGAAGUGGGGUUUGGGAGCGAAGAGAGAUGACCCAACAGGAGAGAGUCAGGCAUUGGCUGAACUUGCACAGAUGUGUUCAACAAGACUACAAGAUGGUGGUUCCAAGAGAAGCCCACAGAAAACCAUGCCACAACUACAGAGUAGGAAAGAAAGACUGGAGUCAGAAGAAAUGACCAGUGAUGAUGAAAGGAUGGUCAUUUGUGAGGAGGGUGAUGAUGAUGUCAUUGCUGAUGAUGAAGUUAGUAAUGUACAACAUCCUGGACAUAUUGACCUGAAAUGUCAAGAACGUGUGUCAGACUCAGAUACAGAUAGCCAAUCGGAAGAAGAGGGUUUAAUCGAGAACAAAGCGUUUCCGCAGCAACGCUUUUCACCUGUUAUGAAGAGACUUUCUUCAUCGGAUAUCACAUAUCGACCAAAACCUGUCAAACCAGACUCUUCAUCACCAAUCAGAAGCCAGCUAUCAGGAGUGGAUCACCAAAUCAGAAACCAGCUAACAGGAUUGGAUCAGCCAAUCAGAAGCCAGCUUUCAGGAUUGGAUCACCCUGAUGGAUCAAUGGGUAUGGUUAAUGCUGGGGUCGGCCAUCUUGCAGAGAAUCAACCAAAAAGGCCGACUCAGAGCGGAAGUGGAUUUCAACCGAAAGGAGCAGCAUUCAAAGCCCACUCACCAAAGGCAAGGGUCUUAGAACAAUUUAAAUUGUCUACAACAAGCAAGGCUUUUAAAGAAUAUAUACCAAGUAAAAGUCCACAUAUAAGAAAUGAAGAUGAAAUGGUGACGUCAAAGCCAGGUCAGCACCUUAUGUCAACUUUACAUUUAGCGAAAAGUGGAGCUAUACAUAGUGGUAAACCUGUGACAAUGCCGGUAUUAACAUCUAUUGCCACGGCUGGAGUCAGUACGGUCUACAUGUCUGGGUUGCCGCAUAUUCCUCUCACUCCAAGUACUGGAAUGCAACCAAAGUUAAUGACUGAGAAACCACACAUCGGCACAAUUCUCUCUACAAUGAAACCUGGAAUGUGGCCAAUUGGAAUCCAACAAGCACAGAUGACACAGCCAACACAUGUCCAGACACAGGCACACGUCCAGACCCAGGCACACGUCCAGACACAGUCACACGUCCAGACACAGUCACACGCCCAGACACAGGCACACAUCCAGACACAGGCACACAUCCAGACACAGGCACACAUCCAGACACAGUCACACGCCCAGACACAGGCACACAUCCAGACACAGGCACAAGUCCAGACACAGGCACACAUCCAGACACAGGCACAAGUCCAGACUCCGAUGACUCAAAAUGUACCACUUGUAGGGAAAGUUCAGUUGGCCAGCAUUGCUCAACCUGUGAAUUUCACUGCUGGUAGAAGUACAAUGACAACAAUGUCUGUAGCAUCCAAACCAAUCGCUACACCCAUACUUAUCGCUUCAAAACCAAGUGGUCAGGCUAGACCAUUGUGCAGCACCAUCAGUGGCAUACAACAAGGCAAUGUGACAGGAAUGAUGGGAGGUUUACCUGCCACUCAGACAUUUACACAAUUAGCAAAAACUGCUGCACUUCCCCAUACUUUUGUCAAUGUUGCUAAUACUCAGAAACCUGGCAAUAUAGUUAUGACUGGACCACAGUUUAAACCUGGUGUAUCUGGUGCGCUCAUGAAUGUGCUGUCCUCAUCUGUCACUAUGAGUGCUACUAAACUUCUACCAACGCAGCCCACGACAGCUGUGUGUCAGGUUAACACCUCUCAGAUUCCACUGACAACAGUCAGGACCAUACCACAGCUACAAAAACAAUUACCACAUGCGCAGCUCACGAGUCCGAAUGUUCAGCAUCCAGCAUUAGUCACCAAUUUUGUUCUGAAAGCAAAUCCAACAACAUCAUCAGUACUCACGCCUACCCAGGCUCUUGUAUCCAGUCAGCAACUACCAGGUACACCAGGCACACCUGGCACUCCAGGUCAUGUAAACAUCUCGCAAAGUCAAGUACCACACGGCGGUAUCACACAGUUUCAAUACAUCGUUCCAACACAGAUUGCACAAGGAGCUAAACUCCAAUCUUCAUCACUGCAGCUAGCGAGUUCGCCAAAUGCAUCAGGAAUUCAACUGACCACCGGGAACAAUAUUGCAAUAAAGACUAUUCCGGGAAAACCUAUUACAUUACAGACAUCGGGUAACCAUGGAAACAUGAUGAGCACAACAACAGCUGUACCUGGGCACCAGGUCACUGAACCUAGCAACUCUGUAUUACCUAGUACAAUGCCAAGCAGUUUAAUAGCACCACAACUAUUUGCAAGCAACAAAAUCCAAUCUUUUGUUCCUGUGAUGUCAUCGCAGGUUACUUUACCAUCUCAAGUUCUGACUGUUGCUCAGCCUGUCACUAUGGCAACUGUAAGCCAGCCUGUCUCAAUAGCAACAAUGGUAAAUCAACCGCUCACGACUUCCGUUGUUAGCCAACCUGUAACCAUAGCAACAGGGAUUGUCAAUCAACACCUUGUUCCAAAUACACAGGUUACCAUGGCAACACCUAUGAUUCAAGCAAAUCAGUCACAUCGUUUAUUGCUGCCAUCAACACAAAGAUUUGCAUAUAUUCAGCAUCCUGGCCCACCAGGUUCUCCAGCUAGUGUUGUCAUGGCGACUGAACCAGGACCAGGUAAUAUCGCUAAGACACUUAGUGAAACACACAAACUUCAAACAGCCUACUUACCUGCUACUGCUGCAUACAUGGGUGCUGCUAUUCCUCAUGCUCGUAUUCAAGCCCAAAUUGUUCCUGUUCCACAACCUCAGGUAUCUCAAACAUCUAUCAGACCAGUUACUAUGGGAACAGUCUCCCUCGCUGCACAACAUGCAAACCUUCAAUCUGUGAUGACAACUGUUGCUACGACAACUGCACCAGUUUCAUCCAGUCCAAUGCAAGUUGUUCCAGCAGUACCGACUCAUCAGACUUUAAAAGCAAAUAUUGUAUCACAGACUUCUCAGUACUACAGAGGUACUGUGAGCAUCAAACCUUCCACAGUGGCAUCUGCGACUACAACAGAGUCUAAACAAGAUAAUGGAAUUCAUGGAGUGAAACGAGUCAAGGCAUCCGUCGCUACGAUUCCUGUCGCUUGCACAAGUUCCUAUCAGCCUGUCACUGUACAGGCAGGACAGCUACAACAACAAAUCCCUAUAUCUACUGCUGUAACAUCUGUUGCCAUGGAAAGUGGUAUUCCUAAGAAAUUACCGCAACCUCAGAAAGACUUGCAUAGUAAAUUUUUCGGAACUGUGUUACCAUCAACACCUGGCAGUCCUCAUAGAGUGUCUUUGCACAGCGCAGUCCCCCCUGGCAGCCCUCAUAGAGUGUCUUUGCACAGCGCAGUCCCCCCUGGCAGCCCUCAUAGAGUGUCUUUGCACAGCGCAGUUCCCCCUGGAAGCCCUCAUAGAGUGUCUUUGCACAGCGCAGUCCCCCCUGGAAGCCCUCAUAGAGUGUCUUUGCAUAGUGUAGUCCCCCCUGGCAGCCCUCAUAGAGUAUCUUUGCACAGUACUGCACCUUCUGGCAGCCCUCGCAUAAUCCCGGGAAUAUCUAGUAUAGUUCCUGUCAUUCCCACACUGCAUAGCAAAGUUGAGGGGGGAGGAAGUCUGGAUAAGGAGGAAAAACCACAGCGAUCAUGCAAGGGGAAACGUUACAAAGAAAUUGUUGAUGAAUCUGGCGUGAAAGCUGUUAAGAAGGACAAAAAGGUGAGUGAAAGUGAAGAUAAUGCCUGCCGAGCAGAGACUGACAGACCUCAAGGACAAAAACCUUUACUGUUACCAACACAGGGUUUACCUUCGUUGGAGACAAAGAGUGAGUUUAACCGUGAGUUGCCGACCACACCGAAGGGAAAGCUAAAACGGACUUUAUCAAGUGACAUGAGGUCAAGUCUCUUGGAUCCAGAAACACCAUCUACACCUACAAAGGGAAUUCUUAAAAGGAAUAUUGAUGAUGGAAUGGAAAUGGUGUUAGAGGAAGUGAACUUUGAAGCCAGAUUUGCAGAGCUACCUGAAUACCAUCCAGAGGAUCAUCGAUCCGAAGUUACUAAGUUAAAAUCACCAAGAGAACUUGUCGGCAGUUACAGAAGAAAGAGAAAAAAUUCUACAGGUAAAUUGGAGUAUGAUUCGGGUACAGAUACUGAUCCCAUGUCACCAAAAUUAAAACAGAGACGGCAUUCCAGUAGUUCGGAACCUGGCACUCCUGGACAGCGUACAAUUGGAGAGGAUAAUGUAUUCCAGUGGGGUGAGAAGGCAAUUGCAGCAGCCGGAAGUGGGUCCAGUCUUGAUGCUCUGGCUGAAGUUGCCGCAAUGCAACGUGCUGCAGGUAAAGAUGAAGAUGAAGAAGGUGAUGUUGAAGGAGGUGGAGAGAAAGCACCUUACUCGUCACUUAGAAGAACUCUAGAUCAACGUCGUACAUUGGUAAUGCAGUUAUUUGAAGAGCAUGGAUACUUUCCAUCUGGACAAGCAACUACAGCAUUUCAAGCUCGUUACAAAGAGACUUUCCCGACUAAAACAUGUCUGCAAUUAAAGAUACGUGAAGUACGACAAAAGAUAAUGCAGCAACACCAGCACCAGCAGCAGGAAGAAAUGCAGCCUGGCACGACUGUUCCUCAUACUACUAUGGCUGUUGCACAGCUGCCUGUAGGGUUGCAAUUUCACUCAUCGCAGCUUUAUCCUCCUUCACUUGCACCCCCAGCACAGCAUCAGCCUCCCCCGCCACCACAGUCUCAAAUCCCAGUGACUGCUGUACCUACCUCAACUACAAAGUAAAAUUUGGAUGAGUGCAUUAUUUAGUGGGG